UAAAGAUCCCGAUCUGGAAAUGUGAAGUUACAAAACUAUUUCUUGGAAUGUACCCCCUGGGUAAGACUGAGGCUGGUAACGUGUGAUGAAAAUUUCAAAUGUCGGCACUUACAUUCAUCAACAGAACUAAGCUUUAUUAACUGUUAUAUUUAUAAUAGAUGAAUUAAUCUUAGAGUUACAACAAACACGCUGUGCUGUUCCAGGUCGAAUAGAAUAGGAUUGCGUGUGUCAGGCGCUCCUCUAUGUUCACUGUACUUCUGCAUCCCUGAACGUCUUGUCUGUUUUGUUUUUUUUUUUUUUUUUUUUUUUUUUUAAAAAAAAAUAAUAAUACCUUUUUUUUUUUUUUUUUUUUUUUUUUUUUUUUGUUAAAAAAAAAUAAUAAUACCAUUAUUUAUGACUUUGUCAUGUCUAUUUCUAUUAUCAACUUAUUUUAUGACUAGCUGUAGUCAGCCAAACAAAGUCAGACGCAAUGCGUGAGUGUCCCAUACUACUAAAAUGACCUGACAAAACAUGCAUUCAAGUAAUCAACUUUAUAAGAUUAAGAUUACCAAUUAGUCCUACCCUCCCCCCCGCCACCUCCGGUAAGCCGUCGCCCCUGAACAAUAUUAAUACAACGAAGUGGCUAUUCGGACCCGGGUCCGAGAAGUGAGAGGUUGGGAUUAAAAUUUUAAAAAAAAUAUAUUAUUGUAGGAUUUGUAAGACAAAAUUUGGUAACAAAUGAAAGAUAAUUGAAUGGAGUAUAUGUUUGUAAACUUACUUCUUCAGUUUAACUAAAAUAAACUACCACAAAUAACAUCCGAAUAGCAUUGAGUCUAAUGGUACCCGGGUCCUAAUAGCGGCGGUGCGUUUCCGGUUCCAUUUUGUUGAUCGUUUUUUGGUUGUUGUUAUUUUUGUUUUGUUUUUCUUUUUUGAUAAACAUUUAUUUUAAAGCUUUUAAAAAUUGAAAUGUCCUAAGAUUUAGUAUGGAAGGGGAGAUAACUCUUAUAAUGCGGUCAUCAUAAGUACCCUGAUUAUAAUUUAAAUAUAUACUUAAUAUACCCUUUCAUUGUACUUUCAAGUUUAACAGCGCUCAAUAUAAUGAACUAAUUUAACUACAGUGUGAGCACCUUCUAUUUCCGGGCGCAGGUUUUUUUUUUUCUGCUAUGAACAGUUUGGAACCCUCCCAGCUUGCAUCUGAUAUUUAUCUCUGCCAGUUCUCCGUUAACAAGAAAUACCAUGUCCUGAAACCCAGACCGGAAGAACCCUAAACCAUGCAACAAGUCACUGUGCCGAUGUGAUGGCCGAAACAUUCUGCCUUAACCGAAGUCAAAGCUGCAAAGUCUACAAACUCUCAGAAUUUUGAAAUCCCAAAUUUUUAUAGAAACAAAUUCGUGACGAAUUUUAAAUUGCAAAUCAACUUUUGAAGCCACUCGAGUGUCGGUCCACAAAACACUAUGGAUUCCCAUAUCGCCGCGGGUUUGCCCAGCAAUGAAGGCGUUCUCCUUGAACUGAGAAGACGGAAAACUGACCCCAAAGUUACCCCUAUCAAUAAAGUAAGUGUACUAGUAAUAGUAACAUAAGUUAAUUAAAAAUUCCUGAUAGCUAACAAAACAUUUCCGCAUUUCUUAACUCCCCAAAUAGUAAGAUAAGAUAAGAUAAGAUAAUAUUCUUUUAUUGAUCCAAAUAAAUGGAAAUGUUUUUUUAUUGCAUUAUACUUUAUUUAUACAUUAUACAUUACCUUAUGAAAUGCUAGACCUACUUGAUUUCGUUGCAGUUGCAGACUUUUUUUUGAAAUAGGUACGGUACAGAAAGGGAUCCCCAAAAUUUUGGGACGUCAUUUUUCGACUUUGCUUGUACCUGUAAAGAAAUGAAGGAAGGAUUUUACUUUUUUUUUUUUAAUCGUAGGAUCUUACUAAAUUUUUUCAAAAUUUUAUUACAAUGAAUUAAAAUUAACCCUGCUUAAUGGUGCGCAGGGUUUCUUUCAGCUAUGUCUCCGGGGGGCACAACCACGGGGAAAGCCAAGUGCCCCCCGAGCAAAAAUAUUUGCAACAAUAAAUCAACUGGCACUGCUGGCACUGCCCNCCCCCCCCCCCCCCCCCAUGAGGAAAUUUCUGAAAUAAUCACUGAUGGUGCGUCAUCGUUUGCUUCACUGUUCCAGUUGGUUGACACUAAAUUACCAUAUACCCGGUAACAUAGAUAUAGAGAAAACCAAAGGAUAAUCAUCCCAAAGUGCAUGUUACUUGAGUGAUGCAAUUAUUACGUAACAAAUACUUUUUUUUCAGCCAGUGUUCCCCAUAAGAAGUGAGAGUCGCCCCGACUACCCCUCCCAUUUUGGUUGGAACCCCGUGUAUUGGAGUGACUACCCCAAACAGCCCAUGUGGACAGUGCCGCUACCCAAGAUGCCUGGCCCUGUGCUCAGUAAAUCGUAAGUCACGUAAAGAGUAGCGAGAUCCAGCCAUGCAUUUUGAACUACGACAUCUAGUACGGUACCUUACCCUCCAUUACCAAGAGUCUCAAUGAUGAUGUUAGGACUAAAAAAGGAAUGCAUAUAAAUAUAAUAUGUAUGCUCAAAAUGUAAAAGUGGGAUGAGCUUUCACAUCAUGUUACCAUCGAUAUACAGUGUUUCAGACAUUUUUCCUCGGGAAGGGGGGGGGGGUCAAUUCAGAUUUUCGGAAAAGGGGGGGGGGCGGUUCCAGUUGUCAGUGGCCAGAGGUGUAGGUAAGGGGGGGGGGAUGGGGUUUAUGUCCCGGGGCGCCAGACUAAGGGAAGGUCAGACUAACGGAAGGUGCUAAAACUAAAUGGGCUUUGGUGGUAUUUAAUAUUUGAAAAAAAAAUGGGUUUCAGGGUUGAGGAGGGGGGGGGGGCAUAAAAAAUGAAUCUUGUCCCCUAACACCAAACACUCUAGAUACGCCGCGGCUAGUGGCGUCAAAAUAGGGCGGAUGUGGUGGUCCACACGGGUGUCACUUUUUCUUGAUAUUCAGGUGUGGCUUUUCGGACAACUGCAGAGUUUAUAUCGUGAAAGGGAGGACGGCAAAAAUAUUGGGCCAGCCAUGCCGGCACUAGCAGUAGCUAAUCUAUUAGGCACUGUGUCUUUUGAUACCAAACUCGGCGAUCAUUUUCAUCGGGAAGUAAGGGGUGGGGGGGGGGAUCAAGGGCGCCGAUGAAUCUUAACCGGUGGAUGGGUCUGGGGAGGUGUAUUUUUGACUCAAAAACAAUAAAAAUAGAGGGAAAGGCCGAUUUUCCCCGGUUUGGACGACCUAUUUUGAGCAUACUUGAAUUCAAUGUUUCUAAUAGAGUUUUUGAACGGGGAAGGACAUUUUUAAGAUUUUGUGAGAGGCAUUAUGACGCCCAAAGCCAUAAAUACACUGAAUUCAGUCCGGUUGUGGCGUGCCCCCGGGUAAUCAUUUGGCACAAGCUUAUAAUCAACCCCAUUCUGUAACAUUGAUCAGCGUGAGGGCAGGGGUGUAGAAAUUAGAAAUGUAGGGUGAUAAAAACAAACUCAAAAUGCAGGGGUGCAUUUUGGCGCACGUUGGAAUUUCAUUCUUUCAGGCAAUUUUGAGGUGGCAUUUCAAACUUUCGGGUGGAAAGUGCCAAAACUAGCCCUAAUAAUGAUCAAAGACAUCUUAAAUUCCGCAAAAAAUUCCGUAAACUAGAUUUAUUACAGUUGUGUCACCCUUGAGGGUAAGCUUUUGCCCUAGAUUUUUCUAGCCUUUUUGACUUUUAUAGUCCACAGAAAUUUGUUUGAUAAAUUAAAAAUACAAGAAUGUAUUUUAUCACAAACAUGAAUUUAGUUUUGCUGUAUUAUACAAUUAAUUGGAGAGCAAAGGAAGAGAUCCUAGUUUUAAAAUGUAUGUUUCACUUAACCUUAGAACCAUCGUGUGCGCCUAGCAAACGCUACGACUGCAAGGUGCCUCGGAUAUUUUAGGGGUUUAAAAAUGUGAUGUGGAUAUUUUCUUAACUAUCAUCUAUCAUUGCAGGGUUUGGGAGGGGGGGGGGGUUGUUUUUUGUUUUUUUUUUAAAAUCAAUUUAAAAGGUUUCCAAUACUAAAAAGCAGUGCAAAGUCAUUUUAUGUGCUGAACGCAAAUGGAAAGAAAAAACUAACUUAUAAUAAUUAGACUACCUUUUAUAAAUAUUUCCGAAUGUUAGCAGAGACAAACAGAAAAAAAGCACUGCUAAUUAAAAAGGUCUAUACAUUUUUAUGAGUUUUCAUAACUGGUCAUUUUUAUAAAUCGUAGGCCUAUAUGAACGGUAUAAUUUUUUUAAGAGAAGUUUGCAAAUGACGUCAUAUAUUUAUUAAUGUGUUAUUUUAUCUGAAGGAAAUCGUUUAACAAUAAAGUUAUAAAGUACCGUAUAAAGUUGAUUGUUCAAAUUAUUUGACAUUUCAAACUAUUAUAUUAUAACUUUAUCCAGAUAAUUACAAAUUGCCUCUUCAAUAUAAUUUAACACAUUUUUUAAACCAAAGCGAUAGAAAUUAUUCAAUUGACAAUUUGCGGAAGAAUUAUUUCUAAAAUUAGUACUUGUACCCAAAAAAUGGAUUAACCAAAAUGGUCGAAAUUCGAUUUCACAUAAACGUUUAUUUAGCUGUUUACUGAAUUCUCAUCUAACAAAAAUAAUUAUUUUUUUUAAGUGCGUAGAAAUACGGGGAAAAUUGUUUAUGAUUGUGAUAUUAAAAAGAGAAAAUCAGUUGGGAAUCUAAUAAAUAUAGGCAAAGUACUUUUUCAAAAUGCCCACUGUUCAGGAAACUUUGUUACAAAAGUAGCACUUGAGAAAACAAACGCUCUGGCUGUAAUAAUUGACGAAUCUUGCACUAUUUAAAAAAAAAAGAAAAAAGAAAAGCAGUUGAGAAUCUUAUAAGGCUAAGAUUUUUUUUUUUUUUUUUAAAUACCCCCAGUUAAGGAAACGUUGUUACAAAAGUAGGCACAUUUAAAGAAAACACAACCGCUUUCCCUUUAAAAAUUGUUGAAUGACGUGACGUACCAUUUGUAUACGGUACGCCCGUUAAAUUUAAAUUCUUAAUUUGUGCAGUUUUCUAAGUUUUCAUUUUUUUCCCCUUGGUUAACGUACAUAGAGUCGAGUACAUUUUUAAAAUGAUGCUAAUAUUAUAACUAUAUUUUUAUAAUUUAUAUAUAUAUUUUUUUAUAGUAUGAGGCCAUCAUAAUUUAUUAACACCAUUCUCUACUUUAAUGCCAUGCUUUUACUUUUAUUAUAAAAUAUUUGACAACAUGAAAAGAUUGCUCUAAUUUGAUACUCAGUGAGAACUGAAUUAAAAUUGUAGAACUUAAAAUUGAAAUAAAUGUAGUUUAAUACAGUGUUAUUCAAGUUUUUAAAGUUGUGAGUUUGCAAUGAAUAAUUAAACAAAAAAUACAGUUACAUGCAAACAACGGGAAGCAAUAAUUCGGCUGUAAUCGGGCGCGGCAAAUUUUCCAAACAUUGCGAUAUUUAUACUCGAAUGAUGGAAGUGUAAGCUUCUAAGAAGAUUAGCCUUAAAUAUGCGGAUCAUCAAAUAUAUCGAGCGUAGCGAUGUUUCAUUUCUUCUACUAUUUGUAAUCGGUUAAUGACACCAGAUUAUAUUUUUUUUAAGCUUAAAAUGUAGUAGUUUUUUUUUUGCAACACCCCCCCCCCCCACCCCACGAUCUAGCUGAAAGAAACCGUCAAAUUUAUAAACCGGUUAAUUCACAAUUUUCCCUUCCCAGACUGCCCCCGUUCCCCAACCUGCCUUGCCACAACCCACCCACUGAAUGGAUGAGUCUCAGGACGUGCCCUGUCUGGAUCCCAGACCUGCCAAGACGAGUCCCAGGAUGGAACCCUUACGUGAGUGAAACCAACACUUGUUUCCAUGACCUCCUGGGGCCGCCCAAAUUUUAGGCAACUUCACCUCGAUUACUUUGAAUAGACGCUAUUUAAUUAGCAUAAUAGUAUUAAUGCCUUACAUAAAAUAAUGAACUGUGAAUGAAAGGAAUAAACGAAACAAUGAAUCGUUUUUGUGUUUGUAAAAAGAAGUUGGCCCCCACCACUGGUCAGAGAGGUUAAAAAAAACGUUUAAUUUUAUUUUUAACAUAUUUAUUUUCAAUGUUUUACUCCAAUAAUUUGUUUAGUUAGAAAGGUAUGUCUGAAGUAACAUCUUUUGGUCCUAAUCCUGUGAUGUUUACUUCAUAAAAAUAUUUACUUAAAAGUAAUCCAGGGUGUCAGGGUAUUACUACACUUAAGUGUAAACGUUGCUAUGGAACUGAUCUUGGUCAGCUCUUUCAAGGAACUACCUACCUCUUGAUGGUUCUGUCUAACGAUUAGCUAAAACACUGUUCCGUUAUGUUCGUUUCAGUUCCCUAACAGGACCAAAGAGGUUUUUUAUUUCUAGCUGCUCUCGGAACUCUUUUCUUGUCUUUUUAUUACUUUUUAAACACUUUAGUGACUGUAGAUUGUAAAACCAUGUUUCUUCCUAACCCUCCCUUCAUUCAAUCUUAAGUUAUUAUCAUCAUUAUUAAAUAACAAUGUUAGUGAAACAUACUGCUUCAAUUUUAUCUGAAAAUAAAC